AUGAAAAAGUCCAUGGAGGAACAAACCAGCGCUUUCGAAAGCAUACGCGCGGUUACGGCCUGCUUGGACAGCCGCGUCACUGUAAUGGAGAAUCACAGUGGGGUCCCUGAACCCACCACCGGAGCUGAGCGGCACUCCAGCGGUGGCGCAUUGCAGGAGAGUCCUGCACGCCCGGCGCGCUCUGCGCCACCAGCAGCAGAGUCGGCGUCUUCCCCAGCUUGGAGCCUCGUCGUGCGGGAAGGACGCCGACAGAAAGCAUUGGAUCCUAAGAAUAGUGGUCCAAAGCCACGUAUGCCUUCUUCCAGACGCGAGCGUAAAACCCCGGGCAUAGUUGGAACAGGAGCCGGAUCAAACAUAUGCGCCAUCAGGACUAAACUGCUGCUACAGUCUGUGCUGCUGUCUCCAAACCAGUACACAAAGGUUAAGCAGUGA